AUGACAAUGUUAAUACAUAGUCCUGAAGGAUAUGAUGUCAAAAUAAAAGUUGGUGAAUAUCCAAAUACUCAAGAAUUUAAAGCUCAUUCUUUAAUAUUGAGAGCUAGGUCUCCUUAUUUCCACAGAGCUUUAUCAUGUGAAUGGACAAAUAAACAAGAAAAUAUUAUCAUAUUUGAGAAACCUAAUGUAUCUCCCAAUAUUUUCGAAAUAAUAUUAAGAUAUAUUUAUGGUGAUAUAUUUCAACUAGAUGAUUAUGACCCCUUUGACAUUCUUGAUCUUCUUAUUGCUGCUGACGAAAUAAUGAUUGAUGAUGUUUUAAUGAAUCAUGUUCAAACUUAUUUGAUUCAUUCAAAAGCUGCUUGGAUAGACGAGAACCUUUUAGAUAUUCUUACUAUUGUUUCUCCCCGUGAUUCUUGUCAAAAAUUACGAGACUAUUGUCUUGAUGAAAUAAUUUUACGUGAUCUAAAUCCUGCAAUACGAAUCAAUUCUUCUGUUAUUAUUAAUCCGAAAUGUGCCAAGAUCAUUAUAAGUUGGAUCGAGAAAAAACCAUUCCAAUCUAAUAAAAAUAUUAAUUGCACUUAUGACUUUAAUCUAUUAUAUAGUGCAAGUUGUGGUGAUAGUGAUUCUUUUCACAAACUGUGUGAUAAUAUUGGUCCAACGCUCAUUGUAAUAAAAGUCGAAGGUACUAACGAAAUAAUUGGUGGUUAUAAUGCGCUAAAUGUUGGUUGGCAAAGAGGGUGGCUUUCGUUUAGUCGUGGAUCAAAAGGUUGUUUUAUAUUUUCUCUUGGCACUGAUACAAAAAAAGCAGAACUUGAAGAUGCGAAAUGUGGUUUCAUUUUAUCUGAUCAAGUGGAUUCUGCUAUAUAUGAUCAUCCACAAGAUGGCCCGUGUUUCGGCACUGGUCCAGAUCUCUAUGUUAAUACUAAACGCGAUCAACCUUUGGGACAUCGUCAACAUAGAUGUUAUAAAUCAGGUGUUUUCAAUAGACAAGGCAGUUUUAGAUGGAAGGAUUGGGAGGUAUUUCAAAUAGUUAAGAAAGAAAUAUAA